AUGACGGGGUUAAAAGAACCAUCUAAUUCUUCACCGAUAGGUUCUUCACGUUUGCAUGACAAUCUGAAUAAUAGUCAUUUAUUACCUAUUCAACAUUUUCAUCAAUCUCAACGUCUUCGAAAAGAUGAACGAGAUCUUGAUACUGAAGAAGAAAAUUGGUUUAAUGAUGAUGGGGAUGAAAAUAAACUAUCAUUUAAUAAUCAUGGUACAUUAUUUAAUGGUGGCUCGGACGAUGAAGACAGUCAGCCGGAAAUAAGUGGAAAUAGUAGUGCAAUUUCAACUAAUGAACCCAUUCGAUCGCAUCAUCUUCUCGUAGAUAAUGACGAUGAUGGAUUGCCAAUGGCAUCCACCGAAAAAAAAUCAAGAACAUCACGUUCCCAGUAUAAUAAACCACUAAUCAGUAUUCAUAUUCGACGUUCACCGAUAUCUUCUGUUGGUCAAUUACCUCCAUCCUCCUCCUCAUCAUCAUCUUCAAGUUCUGAAAAUGAUUCAACACUUCGAGUUGAGAUUCCUCAAUCGACAACAAAUGGUUCUCCAACUUCAUCAUCACCUCGACAAAUUGAGCCAACAUCUACGUUUACUUUGAGUCCUGGUUUAUCGAGUAUUGCUGAUCAGUAUAAUGAUGAUGAAAAUGAACAAGAAGAAGAAGAAGAAGUUGAACCCGAUGUGUCUGUAAAAUCAAAUCAAUCCAAUGACAAUACUAGUAACAGUGAUUUAUGUACAUCAACAACACGUAAACGUAAAAUUGAUGAAGAUAAUAAUAAUAAUAAAGAUGAGCAAUAUUUUUCAUCAAUAUCGAAUGAUAAUAAUACAUCUUCAUCAAAUGAUAAUAAUACUGAACAAACUAAAGUAUUUAAACGGAGUAAUGAUGAAUUAACAAAGUGA